CACGCAGAAAAUUUAAAAAAAAAAAACGAAAAUGGUGAGGUGGUGAAAAGCAACAGCAGGAAAUCAACAAGAAAGAAUAUUUAAUAAAACAAAAAUAUAAAAAAUGUGUACAUACCACACCACCAACACCAUCACCAACGUGGACAACAAUAACUACAAAAUACUAUAGUUGUGUACGAUACACGCAGAAAAUAAUUGAAGUGCAAAAAAUAAAAUUGUGCUAAAAAGAAAAUGUAAUGAAUUCGCAAACCAAAACAACAAAUUCCAUUGAGUGCCAAUAAAUCACUUGGAUUUUUUUUUUGAUUUGGAAGUGCAGCAUUAAAAUAGGCAGUGCGUUGCAACAACGACCCACCGACCAAACGGACCAAAACGAAACCAGGAAGUGCAUAAUGGUGGAGUAUUGCCACAAACUAACCUGUUGGAAAAUAUGUGAAUGCUUUGCUGAAAAAUAAAUCAAACAAAAUCAAAAAAAGGAAUUUCUUUUAAAACAUACAUUAUUGGCAUUACACAGAGCAGCCGAAGAAGUAGGUGCCAUUGUUUUGGGAUAACAACGUCUGUCACAAAGAGCCAGCAUUCAUUCACAACACUGAGCCAGUGGCAAUUUACAGUCAAUUAUCCAUCAAUAAGAUUUGAUAUUUUCUACACAACACAAAUAAAUGGUCAAUGAAGGGCAAUAAAAAUGGUGAUUGUAACACGCGGUGACUACAUCUGGAUAGAACCCGCCUCGGGUAGAGAAUUCGAUGUAGCCAUUGGUGCUCGUGUCAUUUCGGCAGAGGGUAGGCGGAUACAAGUACGCGAUGAUGAUGGUGAUGAGGUAUGGUUGGCGCCUGAGCGUCGGAUUAAGGCCAUGCACGCUUCUUCGGUGCAGGGUGUGGAGGAUAUGAUCUCGCUGGGAGAUCUGCAUGAGGCGGGCAUUUUAAGGAAUCUUUUGAUACGCUACAAAGAUAAUCUGAUUUAUACCUACACUGGCUCUAUACUGGUAGCAGUUAAUCCCUAUCAAAUUCUUCCCAUCUAUACAGCGGAUCAGAUAAAAUUGUAUAAGGAACGUAAAAUCGGUGAAUUGCCACCUCACAUAUUUGCCAUAGGCGACAAUGCCUAUGCCCAUAUGAAACGCUACCGCCAGGACCAGUGCAUUGUCAUAUCGGGUGAAUCGGGUGCUGGCAAAACGGAAAGCACAAAAUUAAUUUUACAAUAUUUGGCUGCCAUCAGCGGUAAACAUUCCUGGAUAGAGCAACAGAUACUGGAGGCCAAUCCCAUAUUGGAGGCUUUCGGCAAUGCCAAGACUGUUAGAAACGAUAAUUCCUCAAGAUUUGGCAAAUAUAUCGAUAUACACUUCAGUGCCAAUGGCGUUAUUGAGGGGGCCAAAAUCGAGCAGUAUCUGUUGGAGAAAUCCCGCAUAGUUUCGCAGAAUCCCAGCGAACGCAAUUAUCACAUAUUCUAUUGCAUUUUGGCAGGACUUUCCCUGGAGGAGAAGAGGCGUUUGGAGUUGGGAAAUGCUGCCGACUAUAAAUAUUUAACUGGCGGCGAUUGCAUUACCUGCGAGGGCCGCGAUGAUACUGCGGAAUUUUCCGAUAUCAGGUCUGCCAUGAAAGUUUUGCUCUUCACCGAUCAAGAAAUUUGGGAAAUCAUCAAACUAUUGGCUGCCCUGCUGCAUUGUGGCAACAUCAAGUAUAAGGCCACAGUGGUCGACAAUCUGGAUGCCACCGAAAUUCCCGAAUACAUUAAUGUGGAGAGAGUGGCUGCCUUGUUGGGUCUGCCCUUGCAGCCACUGAUCGAUGCCCUUACUCGGCGUACUCUAUUCGCCCAUGGCGAAACUGUGGUCUCCACUCUGUCACGCGAUCAAUCGGUAGAUGUCCGCGAUGCCUUUGUCAAGGGCAUCUAUGGCCGUCUCUUCGUUCACAUUGUACGCAAAAUCAAUGCUGCCAUUUACAAGCCAAGAGCCACCUCCCGCAAUGCCAUUGGGGUCUUGGAUAUUUUUGGGUUUGAGAAUUUCGAUCAGAAUAGUUUUGAGCAAUUCUGCAUCAACUAUGCCAAUGAGAAUCUGCAACAGUUCUUUGUGCAGCACAUCUUCAAAUUGGAGCAAGAGGAGUACAACCAUGAGGGCAUCAACUGGCAGCAUAUUGAGUUUGUGGACAAUCAAGACGCCUUGGAUUUGAUAGCCAUCAAGCAGCUGAAUAUCAUGGCUCUGAUCGAUGAGGAGGCCAGAUUUCCCAAAGGCACCGAUCACACUAUGCUGGCCAAAUUGCACAAAACCCAUGGCACCCACAAGAACUAUCUGAAGCCCAAGUCAGAUAUAAAUACCAGCUUUGGGCUUAACCAUUUCGCCGGUGUAGUAUUCUAUGACACGAAUGGCUUUUUGGACAAGAAUCGAGACACCUUCAGCCCGGAUUUGCUGCACCUGGUGAGCCAGAGUAGUAACAAGUUUUUGCGACAGAUAUUUGCCCAGGACAUUGAAAUGGGCGCCGAGACCCGUAAGAGAACCCCCACACUGUCCACGCAAUUCAAGAAGAGUUUGGAUGCCCUCAUGAAAACCUUGAGCUCUUGUCAACCAUUCUUCAUAAGAUGCAUCAAACCCAACGAAGUUAAGAGGCCCAUGCUGUUCGAUCGUGGACUGUGUUGCCGUCAGCUGCGCUACUCGGGUAUGAUGGAAACUAUACGCAUCCGCAGGGCUGGCUAUCCCAUACGCCAUGGUUUUAGAGAUUUUGUGGAACGUUACAGAUUUCUUAUACCUGGGGUACCGCCAGCCCAUAGAACCGACUGUCGUUUGGCUACUUCGCGUAUUUGUGCCUCGGUGUUGGGAAAAUCCGACUAUCAAUUGGGUCACACCAAAGUGUUCCUGAAGGAUGCCCACGACUUGUUCCUGGAGCAGGAGAGGGAUCGCGUCUUGACUCGCAAGAUAUUGAUUUUGCAACGCACCAUUCGAGGUUGGGUGUAUAGGCGUCGUUUCAUGCGCAUGCGUGCUGCUGCCAUAACUAUUCAACGCUUUUGGAAAGGUUAUGCCCAGCGCAAGCGUUAUCAGCGCAUGCGUGUGGGUUACAUGCGCCUGCAGGCCCUCAUACGUUCCAGAGUGCUGUCGCAUCGAUUCCGCCACCUUAGAGGUCAUAUUGUGGGUCUGCAAGCUCAUGCUCGUGGUUACUUGGUCAGGCGUGAAUACGGCCACAAGAUGUGGGCCAUUAUUAAGAUACAGUCCCAUGCCCGCCGAAUGAUUGCCAUGAGGCGCUACAAGAAAUUGCGGGAGGAAUACAAGAAGUUUGCCGAGGUCUUGCACCUGCGCAAACUGGAGGAGCAAGAGCUCAUGCACAAAGGCAACAAGCAUGCACGUGAAAUUGCCGAACAGCAUUAUCGAGAUCGCCUGCAUGAGUUGGAGCGCCGCGAGAUGGAGAAUGAAAUCGAGGAAAGGCGGCGUGUAGAGGUCAAGAAGAAUCUAAUCAACGAUGCAGCCCGCAAGCAAGACGAACCUGUGGAUGACGGCAAGUUGGUGGAGGCCAUGUUUGACUUUUUACCAGAUUCCAGUAGUGAAGCGCCAACGCCGCAUGCGGGUCGUGAGACCUCGGUGUUCAAUGACUUGCCCCAUGGCAACAAUGUUAAUCAGGAGGAUAUAAUUGGGCCCAUGCACGUUUCGGAGGACGAAGAGGAUUUGUCGGAGUUCAAAUUCCAGAAAUUUGCUGCCACGUAUUUCCAAGGCAAUGUCAAUCAUCAGUACUCGAAGAAAGCUUUAAAACAUCCUCUGCUUCCCCUACACACGCAGGGCGAUCAACUGGCUGCCCAGGCCUUGUGGAUUACCAUCUUGAGGUUCACCGGUGAUAUGCCUGAACCGAAGUAUCACACCAUGGAUCGCAUGGACACCACUUCGGUUAUGUCCAAGGUGACCGCCACCCUGGGUAGAAACUUUAUACGCAGCAAGGAAUUUCAAGAAGCUCAACUCAUGGGUUUGGACCCAGAGGCGUUCCUCAAGCAGAAGCCCCGUUCCAUAAGGCACAAACUGGUUUCGUUGACCCUGAAGCGCAAGAAUAAACUGGGUGAGGAUGUGCGAAGACGCUUGCAGGACGAGGAAUAUACAGCAGAUAGCUACCAGUCAUGGCUGCAGUCUAGGCCCACAUCGAAUUUGGAAAAGCUUCACUUUAUAAUAGGCCAUGGCAUAUUAAGGGCAGAACUGAGAGAUGAGAUAUACUGUCAGAUAUGCAAGCAGCUGACAAAUAAUCCUCUCAAGUCUUCGCAUGCCAGAGGAUGGAUUCUGUUGUCGCUUUGCGUGGGUUGCUUUGCCCCCUCCGAAAAGUUUGUCAACUAUUUGAGGGCCUUCAUACGAGAGGGUCCUCCCGGCUAUGCUCCAUACUGUGAGGAACGUUUGAAGAGAACUUUCAACAAUGGCACCAGAAAUCAGCCACCGUCAUGGCUGGAGCUGCAAGCGACCAAGUCCAAAAAACCCAUAAUGCUGCCCAUAACAUUCAUGGAUGGCAAUACCAAGACUCUAUUGGCUGAUUCCGCCACCACGGCCAGGGAAUUGUGCAAUCAAUUAUCGGAUAAAAUCACUCUGAAAGAUCAAUUUGGCUUCUCUCUCUACAUAGCUCUGUUCGACAAGGUCUCCUCGCUGGGUAGCGGAGGUGAUCAUGUGAUGGAUGCCAUCUCCCAAUGUGAGCAAUAUGCAAAAGAGCAGGGAGCUCAGGAACGUAAUGCUCCUUGGCGUUUGUUCUUCCGCAAGGAAAUAUUUGCCCCCUGGCAUGAUCCCACCUUUGAUCAGGUCGCCACGAAUCUCAUCUAUCAGCAGGUGGUAAGGGGUGUCAAAUUCGGCGAGUACCGAUGUGAUAAAGAGGAGGAUUUGGCCAUGAUAGCGGCGCAGCAAUAUUUCAUAGAAUACGGCACGGAUAUGUCCAUGGAAAGGCUGUUUACCCUGCUGCCCAACUUUAUACCGGAUUUCUGUCUAACCGGUGUGGACAAGGCCAUUGAACGCUGGGCUGCUCUGGUAUUGCAGGCCUACAAGAAGUCCUAUUACGUCAAGGAAAAGAUACCCUCGUUAAAGAUCAAGGAGGACAUUGUCAGCUAUGCCAAAUACAAAUGGCCUCUGCUGUUCUCGCGUUUCUAUGAGGCCUAUCGCAAUUCUGGUCCAAAUUUACCCAAAAAUGAUGUCAUCAUAGCCGUUAAUUGGACGGGAGUUUAUGUGGUGGACGACCAGGAACAAGUGCUGUUGGAAUUAAGCUUCCCCGAGAUUACGGCAGUUUCCAGUCAGAAGACCAACAAAGUUUUCACCCAGACCUUUAGCUUGUCCACAGUGCGAGGGGAAGAGUUCACAUUCCAAAGUCCCAAUGCGGAGGAUAUAAGGGAUCUGGUGGUCUACUUUUUGGAUGGUCUAAAGAAGAGAUCGAAAUUCGUCAUAGCCAUUCAGGAUUAUAGGGCCCCCUCGGAUGGUUCCAGUUUCUUGAGCUUCUAUAAGGGAGACCUUAUCAUUUUGGAAGAUGAAAGCUGUGGAGAGAAUGUCCUAAACAAUGGCUGGUGUAUAGGUCGCUGCGAUAGGUCACAGGAAAGAGGGGACUUCCCCGCUGAAACGGUUUAUGUGCUGCCCACGCUGACCAAACCACCUCAGGACAUAUUGGCCCUAUUUAACGUGGAGGAGGCGCAUCAUGGCAAACGUCUUAGCAUGGUAUCCAAUGGAGUGGCGGAGCCCAGAGAUAGGCCACAUACACUAAUGGAAUAUGCCUUGGAUCACUUCCGUUUGCCGCCCAAGCGAACUGUUUCAAAGACCUUGACUUUGAGUUCGAAACGUUCCGAGGAGAUAUGGCGUUAUUCUAGGGAUCCCAUCAAAGCUCCUCUGCUGAGGAAAUUGCAAGCCAAGGAGGAAUUGGCGGAAGAGGCAUGUUUUGCUUUUGCCGCCAUACUCAAGUAUAUGGGAGAUCUGCCCUCGAAGCGACCCCGCAUGGGCAAUGAAAUCACAGAUCACAUAUUUGAUGGUCCGCUCAAGCAUGAAAUCUUAAGGGAUGAAAUCUAUUGUCAGAUAAUGAAACAAUUGACCGACAAUCGAAAUCGCAUUUCGGAAGAAAGAGGUUGGGAGCUGAUGUGGUUGGCGACCGGUCUCUUUGCAUGUUCGCAGGCUUUGCUCAAGGAACUUACCAUGUUUUUGAGAACCCGAAGACAUCCGAUAUCCCAGGAUUCAUUGCAUCGCCUGCAAAAAACCAUACGCAAUGGCCAGCGGAAAUAUCCUCCACAUCAAGUUGAGGUGGAGGCUAUACAGCACAAGACUACCCAGAUAUUCCACAAGGUCUAUUUCCCCGAUGAUACCGAUGAGGCUUUCGAAGUUGAUUCUUCGACGCGAGCUAAAGACUUCUGCCACAAUAUAUCGCAACGUCUAUCGCUUAGGACAAGUGAGGGCUUCUCGUUGUUUGUAAAGAUAGCCGACAAGGUCAUAUCGGUACCCGAAGGAGACUUCUUCUUCGACUUUGUAAGGCAUUUAACCGAUUGGAUUAAGAAGGCCAGACCCAUACGCGAUGGCACCAAUCCUCAGUUCACCUAUCAGGUGUUCUUUAUGAAGAAGUUAUGGACCAAUACAGUGCCGGGCAAAGAUCGCAAUGCGGACUUGAUAUUCCACUAUCACCAGGAACUGCCGAAGUUGUUGCGCGGCUAUCACAAGUGUUCACGCGAGGAGGCCUCCAAAUUGGCAGCUCUGGUCUAUAGAGUACGUUAUGGUGACAACAAGCAAGAACUUCAAGCCAUACCACAAAUGCUGCGUGAAUUGAUACCCUCCGAUUUAAUGAAAAUGCAAAGCACUAGUGAAUGGAAGCGUUCCAUAGUGGCUUCCUACAAUCAGGACUCUGGCAUGAGUUCCGAAGACGCCAAAGUGGCUUUCCUUAAAAUUGUCUAUAGAUGGCCCACAUUUGGCUCGGCCUUCUUUGAGGUAAAACAAACGACUGAACCCAAUUAUCCCGAAAUGCUUUUGAUAGCAAUAAACAAGCAUGGAGUUAGUCUUAUACAUCCAGUCACCAAGGACAUACUUAUAACCCAUCCCUUCACACGUAUAUCAAAUUGGUCCUCGGGCAAUACCUAUUUCCAUAUGACCAUUGGCAAUUUGGUGCGAGGCUCGAAAUUGUUGUGUGAAACUUCUUUGGGUUAUAAAAUGGAUGAUUUACUUACAUCGUACAUAUCACUGAUGUUGACGAAUAUGAACAAAAAUCGCACUAUACGCGCAAAUUAAAUAAGCCUAACCUCACUUUUCGUAGACUUUAUGUUUUCUUUUGGCAUUAAGAAAAGUUUGUUGGGUUGCUUAGAAUUCCUCUCCCCCUUUUUUGUUUAUCGAAAACCUGUCAUCAUUCCUUUUGUGAAUGUUUGACAACUACCUCCAACCACUCUCUUUAACUUCCCAGCCCUUCACCCCCUAAUUGCUUAUGUUAUUUUAUUUAUGAUCAAAUUACAUUUAAAUUAUAUAUAUGUUAUUACUAUUAUUAUGAUUAUUAUUAAUAUAAUUAUUAAAUUUUAAACUUCUCUCAGCUUUCUAUUUAAACUUUUAAAUAUGUUUAAUAUUUAUUUUGAUUAUUUUAUUGUAUUUGCCUAGCCCUUAAGUAAGACAAUCAAACAAUCGAACACAGAAAUUGCAUUAGAUAUACCUACCUUGUUUUUAAUAUUUUUUCUUUUUAUUAUUUUUUAAUUAUUUCUGUUUUCCCAUUCGAUUUUAAACAGUUUAUGGAUUCGCUUAUGUUUCACCAAAAUUUGUUUUGACAUUUUAUGUAUUAAUCGACAAUUAAUCAAAAUCAUGGUAAGCUGUAUUUAGCCUUAUUUUGUUUUAAACAAUUUCAAAGAUACAAAAUAAACAACAAAACAUA